AUGAGUAAACGUACGUUUUCUUCGAUUAAAAGCAAUGCUGUUUCCUGCGACUUUUUCGAGACUAAAAUAGGAAGAAGCUAUGAUGAUAGUAGAAUAAAGUUUUUGUCCCCUAGGAAUAAUAGAGGAUGUUGCCAAGCAUUUGAUACUACCACUAAUAGGACGUGUGGUUUGUGGUUUCGGAUAAAGUCAUAUAUGACUUAUCCAUUAUGCAACAAGCAUGAUAAACCCAAGUUUGUCGCUGCGAUUCACGCCAAAGAAUAUUUAAAAUCGCUUCCUAUACGCCCAUCUUUAACUGACGAAUUCAUUAAUAAUUUGGCCACUUAUUUUACUGAACGUAGUCUCGAUCUUAAGCGUCCUAUUGAAGGAGGCAUAUUUUAUGUCAUGCGCAGAAUUGAUAAAGAUAUUCAAAAUAAUCCGGAACUUUACAAAAUUGGUCUCGAUGUUGGUAAUGAAAAUUGCGAUUUCGAGGACCGUAUCUCACAACAUGAACAAGGUCCUUGUAGUGCAAUUUUCGCAGAAGGGUAUGUUACUCCUACCCAUUCUGAUUGCCGUUUAGUUGAUGGAUUAAUCAGAAGGCUAUUG